GUACAAAACAGCGAUACUGGAAUGGCUUGGUUUACGCCGAUUUUACUAUUGAUAGUUUCUACUGCUUCUUGUGUUUUCUCGCAAGAAACAACACAGUGUGUUUGUUUAGAAUAUGAACAAAAGCAACAACAGACGCAAGAAAUUAUUGCAAAACUGGAAAAGAAGUUUGAAGCUAAAAUCGCUUCCCUUGAAAGGACAACUGGAGAAUUAUUAAAAAAGUCAAAACGACAAGCAAAAAGAAUUGAGGAACUGGAAAAGAAAGAACUGUUUUUGGGAAACAAUACAGAUGGAGAAGAGAAAAAGCCAAUGACAAACGGGACUAGGGAGUGGUCUGAAUGGACAGAUUGGACUCCUUGUUCUGUUACAUGUGGCGUCGGAAACAAGAAAAAAGUUCGACAAUGUAUUGGACCCAAAAACGGAACGAACAACUGUAUAGGUCACAUGAAAGUGCAACUACCCUGUAAAAUACAAUGUCCAGCCAAAGAGCGCGAAGAAAGAGACAGCGACUGGGAUGAGUGGUCUGAAUGGUCGGCAUGUGAAAACACUCGUUGUCCAAGAGCUUUUGAUGAAAAUAGAAAAAACAAAGGAUUUGGAAUACAGAUUAGAAUGCGUAAAUGCAACAUAGAAAAAUGCCCAGGAAAAUCGAAAGAAAAACGAGAAUGUGAAAUCGAAUGUUCUGCAGAUUCAGAUGAAUAUAGCAAACAAAAUGGAUAUGGGGAAUGGUCUGAGUGGACUGAGUGUAAACCGCUUUUACCAUGCAACACCGAUACACAACGAAGCCAUAAAAGGUGGGCAGUUGGAAGACAAACCAGAAGUCGUAAAUGUGAAGGUGUUGGUCAUUGCAACAAGGAGUUGUCGAAAACUAAAAGAUGUCGAAUAGAAUGUUCAUCAAAAGAAUGGUAAAAAGAGGAAAUUUCGUAACGUGCAUGUGGAUUCCUGCAGAAGAAAACUCUUGAUUAUUGCUUACCAACAAUGUUGCCAUUAUUACAAUUAAUAAUACUGAAUGCUUAUGAGUCAUUUAUAAUAAACUGAUUUGCUUUAACAUAACUGUGGCGUUCAACGGGCAUAUAUACUCCAAGAAUGAUUCCUAAAUUUAGAGAAAACUGUACAGCAAUUACUUCAACCGUCUCUAAACUUCUGAUUGAAGUACCCCGUCGGUGACCCCGCCUCAACCCCUAACUUAAAUAAACGUAAUAUCCGAAGAUAUGACAUGACAGUGACCUUUUUCUCACUAUUCAAAAUUUGAACAUUUUGAGAAUAAAAAAAAUCAUAAAAUUUAGCUGUACUUUCAGAAGAUCUUUCUUAAAAAAUCUCAUAGUUUUCUUCGGCCAACAUGGCUAAUAUAUGAAUAACAAUGAGCAGGCUACAUCGAAAGUAAAAUCGAAAAUUGACCAAUAAUGGCUGUUGACUCAGUAACCAAGUAAUUUGUUUUUACUCCACUAAUAUGGUCCUCGCUUAUACUGUACAUUUUACGCAUCAUGUUGAAACUAUUGGCAAAGAAGCAAACGCAAUUUCCCGAAUGCA